GACGUACCAUGCUCCUGGAUAUAUGCUGCUUUUUUAGUUCCAGUUUUAUCUGUUUUACUUACUGAGACCUUCAAAUCUGUUCUUUUUACCUGUGAUCAUGAUUAAAAGUGAAAACAAAAGUGAACGGGCACUGAGAAGUGCAUCUCCACACAGGAAUGCUUAUAAAUCAGACUUCCAUUCCAUCAAAUGCUCAUUUGAUGGAAGUGUAUCAAUCAGCUCGACUUCACCCUUCUCCAACGGAGGCAGUGACUCCCGAGGCAGACCUUCGGGCAACAAAGUGAGCAAAAUAAAAAAUAUAUUCUUGCAAAUGGAUGAAAAGCAGAGUCAAGACAGUCCCAAUAUCAGCAAACCCACGUCACCCAAAUUUUCACUGGAUUCUACCCCUUACAGGUCCAGUCUGAGUAGUGUUACCAGUCUAGAUUCAGCCUCCUUUGAGGCACGGAAAACAGAGGAUGUUUCCAUUGACAAGGCAGCACUGGCUGAGAAGUUCUCAAUGACCAGGAAGCUGUUUGAGAGUGGCCUUAAAGAGCAGUCUCCAACAGAGAGAUCUGGCUCUCCCAAAGUUAUCUGGCCUCAGCUAGUGGAGAGACAAGACAGGAAAGCGUCAGUUACUGGAGAGAGAAAUGACAAACCUAAAGAGCUAGAGAAACAGGCAAAAGAAAGGGAGGACAAGGAAAAGGGAAGAAGCGAAAGUGAGACACCACCACAUAAGCUGAGUGUGUCAAUGAAUGCCGGGCCAAUAUCCAGACGUCUGGAGAGUUUUAUGUUGGACAGUGAUAGUGAGUCCCUGUCAGCUGCUCCUUCCACAGGAUCUCAUAGUCCCAUUAGUCAUUCCCAGUCACUUUCCGCUGCUAGCGACCAUUCGGAUCCCCCUUCAUCACCAGACAGCUGUAGUUCCCCUACCUCUUAUUCACUAUGGGCUGAUUCUCCUACUGAAACAUGUUUGCCCAAGUUAAAUGGUUCAGAUUCACAUGGUACCCCUUUGAAUGGAGUCUGUACGAAGACAUUACAUAACACUUGUUCCACAGCUGAAGAACAUAUUAAGUCCUCAGAAGAUACAGUCUCAUCAGAACCCACUCUUGUGUAUACAAGCGAAAAGAUCCAUCACUUGUCUGCAAGGAGUACCACUAGUCAAGCAUCUGUAGCUGAGGAUCCUGCACUUCAAGAGCAGCAAGGUGAAGGCAAGAAUAGUGAGAAGGUUCCUGGUUUGUCCACGGUCAGAGCUGAGCUGGUGGUGGUGAAGACCGAAUCAUCUGAAAGCGAGGGCAAUGAGGAGGAACAUGUUGAGGAUGAUGUUUUUGAAGAGGCUGGCAAGGAGAACCAAUCCCCAAAUCGCAAUUCUGAGAGGGUGUUGACCAGCAGCGAGGAGCUCCAAUUAACAUUCCUUGGGAAGGAAUCAAAACAGAGAAUUAGGGAACAUGAGGAGGAAUGGAGGGCGUGUGAGGAAUCUGUACAGACUGGAAGAGAGGAAGACUAUAGAGGGGAGGGAAAGUUUCUUGAGGAGAACAUAAUGGAUAAGGAAGACGAGGAGGAGGAGAAAAAAGACAAUGAGGAAGUAGAACUAAAGACAGACCAAACUGAAGAGGAGGCAGUACUGGAGACUGUUAUGAGGGAGAGUGAGCAGAGAGCUAGCAAUGUUGACGAUAAGGAACAGCAGGAUGAACAGAGAGAAGGAGAGGACGAGGACGAGGAAGAGGAUGAGGGAGUAGAGGAAGCUGUUGAAGCUUUAGAGGAGGACGAUGAUGAACGAGAGAUGGAAGAUGUCUUAACAGGAAAAGAGAGGCAACAGCAAGAUUAUCAGGGAUCAAUUGGGAAGAGAUCUUUAAUUUGUGGAAUUGAGAAUGCUGCCUUUGUGGAUGACAAGGACAACAGGACCGAUUUGGAAUGUCAAGUGAAGGAGGAAUUCCAGGAAUUUGAGGAACUUCCAGGACUCUCUGAUGAGGAAGACCUCACUCCAAAGAGAAAGAUCAAGUUCUCUACAGCACCAAUCAAGGUGUACUUUACCUUCUCUAAUGAGGAUUAUGAUCGCAGAAAUGAUGAUGUGGACCCUGUGUCUGCAUCUGCUGAGUACGAGCUGGAAAAGAGGGUGGAAAAGAUGGAUGUUUUACCUAUAGAUAUUCAGAAAGGAAACGAUGGCCUGGGAAUCAGUAUAAUUGGUAUGGGAGUUGGGGCAGAUCAAGGACUGGAGAAGCUGGGGAUUUUUGUGAAGACCAUCACCGAAGGAGGUGCAGCUCACCGGGAUGGACGAAUUCGGGUAAAUGAUCAGAUUGUGGAGGUAGAUGGAAUCAGUCUGGUUGGUGUCACUCAACUCUUUGCUGCUACAACAUUGAAGAACACCAAAGGUCUGGUCAAGUUUCUCAUUGGCCGGGAGAAACCAGGAGUGGAGAGCGAAGUGGCCCGUCUGAUCAAUGAGACUCUACAACACGAGACAAGCCCUGAAAACCAGGAGCCAAAAGAUAAAGACCACCAUAAACCCAAAAACCAUCAGCUACAGGAUGAAAAACAGAUUUCUCAAAUCCAUGACCAAUAUCACGAUCAACAGGAAAUUGAACCACUGGCUGAAAAGAGUGUUGUGCAACAGGAUAAACAGAGAGAGACCGAAAAGAAGCAGGGGGCGGAGGAUGCAUCAAAUGACUUGGCACAAGAAGUGUUUUCACAACUGAGAAGCCAAGGCGUUGAUCUACCUGAAGAUAUCGAUCCUACUGAGCUAGAACAAAAAUUCAAAGUGCUGCAGAUAAAACACAGUGUCACAGUAGCAGAACUCAAUCAGUUGAGAGAGAAGCUGCAAGUGAGCGAAGCCGAACGUAAGUCUUGGGAGACUCGAGGUGCAGCUCUUGAAAGGAAUGUGGAAGAGAGCAAGGAGCGCAUUGAAAAGUUGGAAAAAUACUGGCUUGAUGCUCAGGCCCUCUGCAAAGCCAUCAACCAGCGUUUUAAUGAAGCCCAGAGUCAACAUGAUUCCCUAAAGCUCAAAUACAAUAAGAGCAUGAUGCUUCUACAGGAGCAUGAACAGAGAAAAGCUGAAUAUGCAAGGAAAGAGGCGGAGCUGACGAGAAAACUGGAGCAAAGGGAGAGAGAAUACAAGAGCACUGUCAGGCAAUUACAACAUAAGAUAGCUUGUCUGGAGGGCCGUACUGGAUCAGACCAACCAGAAGAGUCUUGCAGCCCUGCAGGAGAGAGUCAACCUAGCAGUCCAACCUCCGGUUCCUCUGAAAGAAAUGGACUAUCUACAGAUGACCUUCACUCUGAUGCAGACUGGGGAGAUGUUCCUCAGACGGCUCGCCUGGACUGCAGUGUAUACAGAACCAAAGCCAAGCUGGCACAGGGAUCUCAGCGCAAGCGGCCCUCCCGAAGUAAACUCCGAGAGUCCGCGAAAGGCUCACAGGCACCAAGCCAAUCACAGGAAUCUGUGUGCAUACAAGACAACAAACAGGAAAGAACAAACAGUGAAAGAAGGCGGUCUUACCUCGAGAGCCUAGCCAUACCUGUUCCAUCCAUACAGUUUGGUCACGACCAAACACGUGAACCAAGAAGUGAAGGCAGAGGUGAUGUAUUUAUGCAGAGCCAAACACCCCACGGAAGCAGCAGCACACAAGCCAGCCUGUCUCCACCUAAAGACUCCUCCACUCCCCAGUCCCCAUCCUCCUCACAGUCCUCCUCUAGUAUGUUCCUCAACCUGAGAAACAGGAGGAGCAAAGGCAAGGAGCGCAGCAAGAGCAGAGCAAGCAGAGAUGAAGAGAGUGAUGGUUCACCAACACGAAAGACCAAAAGACGAUUCCCAGAUUUCAGUGGUAUCCGCAGAUCCGGAGGCAAAGGCAAAAAACGGGAGAGCAUCACACUGACAGGAUCUGUAGGGAGCAGGGGAUCAGGAGAGUUACUGGAUGAGUCCAGCGGCAAUGUUUCCCCCUCUGGUUCCAUCUCUUCCAUCCCUUCCUGCAUGCCAUUUUCCUGGUUUGGGGACAGAGAGAAGGAAAAAGAGAGAGAGCGAGAAAAAGAGCGUUCUGCGUCCAGUGGCAGUCUGCCUCAUACUCCUUCAGAGGCAUACAUAGAGGAUCGUCCAAACAAGACCAACUUCUCCUGGCCAUCUCUUCUCUCUCACUCCUUAGAUUUGAGCUUGUCUGUUACGGAUGAUUCGAUCGCAGGUAGUCCUCGCUCUGUGUUGGCGGGGUUACUCAAAGAACCCCGUCUCCUCGGGCGCUCGCACACACAUACCUUCUCCUCCUGCGAGACUCUUGAUGAUGGCCCUCUUCCAGCGGUGAAGCAAUACCUGUGGCAGAACCGCCCCCUUUCCGAGUGGACCAAUCAGCAGGUCUGUCACUGGUUGAUGGGCAUGAAUAUGGAACAGUAUAUAGCUGAGUUUACAGCGAAAGGUGUGGAUGGCCAACAUCUCUUGUGCAUGGACAACAGUACACUUAAGGAGCUUGGCGUUUCUAGUCAAAGAGACCGCUCCACCAUUAAGAGGAGACUAAAAGACAUGAAGAAGGCUCAGGAAAAACUCGAAAAGCAGCAAGUAAAAAAAGAAAAAGAAAGGGGGAGAGAAAAAGAGGCCAAGAAUAAAAGCAGCCAACCAACAAACCUUGAAUCAGCCUGCUGAGGUACUAACAAAAUCAAGGGCCGCAAACGUGCACGCUCACCGUCCCAAGUAAUGAUAAUUUGUUCUGAUAGAAAUGGAGUAGACUGUCUCACACACAGAUGAUUUGUAGACCGUUGAGAACGUAACAGCAUGGGUGAUCACAGAGGUUUUCUGCCAGUAAAGCCUGACGGAACAUAUAUUUUUACUGUAACUGUGUCUUUGAUAAGCUUGUUAUUAAUGUCUCUUUUUGACACAACCCAGGAGUUAAAGAAUCGAUUCCUGUCUGUCACACUGACAUUCAACAUGCAUAAUGGCACUUUGAGAACAUGGGAACUUAAUCUAACUGUCCAGAAAGGAUAUCCAUUGCCUUUAACUGAUUUGCUUGAGUGUUGUGAGUGUUGAAUGUUUUGGGAUGCUGUACAUGGUACUAAAAACGAUUUUACGGCUGUUCACCAGAGGGCGCCGAUGUGAAAUAUCUAGCAGUCAGUAAAAAUGUUGAGAUCGUCGAUCUUUUUUUUUAGAAUUAACGCCAAAUUAUCAUGAGCCAAGCUGCUAGUGCACACUCUGCACUUUAGCUAAAAGUUAACUAACAAUCCACUUGUGAAUCUCUCAAAGUGAUGCACACACAUUCCCAGGGUUAAUAGAGCACACCAGGUAAGCUUCGGCUCCCUUUUCUAGUGUGCACUUUUAAGUGAGCACUUCACCACCCUAAACAGACUACUUUUCUUUUUUUUUGGAAAGAAUCAUCAGGUUUUUUUUUGUUUUUUUUUUAUGUCUACUGUACAUAACUCUUAGUGAUGUACAUUUUACUGCAGAGAGGAGAGCAAUUCAUUGUCUUCUGUCACAAAUGAUGAUGAUUUUACAUGUGUAUUAAUAAAUAAAUAUUUUACAA